UUUGACUAAAACUUCAUCAGAUAGUAAGAUCCUACUAUGACGACCCAUACCAUUCCAUUAGCUACUAUAAGUGGCUAUCACACAAGUUAUGAGGUCAUCGAUCUGCAGGAACAAGCAAAACGAAUAACACCCAAGCAUCGAGGCUCAAUUUUCUCUCUACAACUACAUCUCAUUAAAAAGAAUGUAAAAAAUAAGAUAAAGUAUAUAACUCAAUUUUCAUAUUACUGUCUUUAUUUCAAACAUCUACUAUUACCAAGAAUAAACCACCAUGCCCUCCAAACCACCCCUCCUCCUCUCCCAACGCUCCAACACGCUCUUCAACCUCACCACCGUCGCAAUCGGUCUUUUCACCGACCUCUUCCUCUACGGCCUAAUCGUGCCCGUCCUGCCCUUCAUGCUACACAACCGUCUUUCAAUCCCCUCCACAGAAAUCCAAUCCUACGUCUCCAACCUGCUCGCCGCAUACGCCGGUGCGUCCGUCAUAUCCUCCGUACCCGCGGGUUGGAUCGCAGACCGCAGUUCAUCGAGGCAGACACCGUUUUUGAGCGGAUUGGCUGCGUUGAUGGCUGCGACCGUGAUGCUAGCGUUUGGCCGGAGUGUAGCGGUGUUAUUUGUCGCGCGCGUGUUGCAGGGUGUGAGUGCGGCUGUGGUUUGGACUAUUGGGCUUGCGAUGGUAUUGGAUACCGUCGGACCCCAGAAUUUGGGGAAAGUGGUUGGAUCUAUAUUUUCAUUUAUUUCGGUGGGUGAGUUGAUGGCACCGGUGAUUGGGGGCGUGCUGUAUGAGAAGACCGGAUACGGCGGGGUUUUUGGUGUUGCCGCUGGAGUGUUGGGAUUGGAUUUCGUGAUGCGACUUUUGGUCGUGGAAAAGAAGACUGCGGCGAAGUACGGUGUUGGUGUCGCACCAGAAAGACGGGAUGAGGGGAAUGGAGUGGAGAGAGGAGAUGAUGAUGAUGGUGGGAGAGAAGAAGGUCCUGUCGAGACGGACUCAUUAUUACCUAAUAAGAAACGCCAAGAUGACGAGGAUUUCUACAAGAUCCGCCAUGAACCAAACCGCAUCAUCCGAGCUCUACCCGUCCUAAUAUGUUUCCGAAGUCCCAGGCUCCUCGUCGGCCUCACUCUAGCCUUCGUUCAAGCAGCAUUACUCGCCAUGUUCGACGCCACAAUCCCGACCGAAGCGCAAAGUCUCUUCGGUUUCACAUCACUCCAAGCUGGUCUUCUAUUCAUCGCUCUAGACAUUCCGUAUCUCAUCCUCGGACCCGUCGCAGGGUGGGCGGUAGAUCGAUACGGCACGAAGCCCGCAGCAGUCCUCGGCUUCGGCUACCUAGUUCCCACCCUGAUUCUCUUGCGCCUACCAUCGGACCAUCUCAUUUCCGGAAAGAACAACGUGGUGCUAUACUGCGCUCUACUAGCACUCAACGGCGUAGGCCUCGCCAUCAUCGGAUCGCCCAGUGUAGUCGAAGCGAGCGAUGUAGUCCAAAAAUUUGAAAAGGCCAAUCCAGGCUUCUUCGGUGCGAACGGCCCAUACGCUCAGCUAUACGGCUUUAAUUCGCUUUUCUUUUGCGCGGGGCUGACUGUGGGCCCUGUGGUCGCUGGUGCCCUUCGUGAUGGUGUUGGCUACGGUAAUAUGAACCUCGUGUUUGCCAUCGUGUCAGCAAUAACGGCUACUGUAUCUUUCUUCGUCGUUGGUGGAAAGCCUCAUAACCAUAUCUUCCAACGGCUUAAAGGGUUAAUAAGAUAGGUGAAAAGGAUAGACGUAAAGUGGAAAAUUAUAGGAAUAUAGGUAGAUAAUAAUUAGAAUUAAGUCGCAAGACACUGGGAGUUGUCCAACUGUAUCUGCGCAAUUGGCGUAGUACGUCGUGUUCACUAAUGACCAUGCCCUGAUUGAAACCUUUCAUCAUAUUCAGCUAGAUCAUUGUAAGAUUUUAAACGAGAGCUGCGAUUAUCUAGGUAUGUAAGCCGCAAGUCCUCAACCCCCAUGGUGUCGUCGCCAUCAUACGAGUAUAUUCGAAAGCAUGUACUAGAAUGAAAAUGAAGGGAAAAGACAAGACCAGUUAUA